CUAAUUUCUUAAGAAUUUUUAUGUUGCUGUCAGGGUUAUGCUGGGAUUGCAAUGAUUUCUAUGGAAUGGGAGUAAACGGGAGCGCCGUAGUGGAAUUCUGUACAGGAAUCAGAUGCAUCAGAGGAGCAUUUGAAAUUUUCCUGAAAAACCCAGUUCACAGAGAAAUCGCUGUUAUGAAUCGGCACGCAGAUCCUGGCACAAGAUCUGAGAGCAGAUUCCUUAGCAUGAAUACAGAGUUACUCCUGCAAGUUGCUGCUCAGCAUUGGGGUCCUUGUGAUGGAGUGCAGCCAAGAAGUCACCUGCAAAGCUCAACCAGGACUGCUGUUGUGUAAAGUUGUGAACUGCAUCUUGGUUUCCAGCCUGGAACUUAAAAGAGAUCUGCAGAUACCAGGCUGCCAACCUUCGGUUCUAGAUGUGAAGCAAUCCCAUGAUGCAACAUGCAUCCCCUGCAUCAUCACUGACCAUGAUGGCAACCCAGAGUGUGCCCCCUCCAACGUACCAAGAAAGCCAACAGAUGACAGCCACGGCUCAGCAGACUACCAAGACGCAGCCAGUGCAUAUUCCAGCAUCCUCCGCAGCUGCCACUCCUGUAGCUACUGUACCACUUGACCCUCAAGCACAGCUGGAGUCUGACAAAAGAGCAGUGUACAGACAUCCACUCUUUCCACUCCUCGCUCUCCUGUUUGAGAAAUGUGAACAGGCUACGCAGGGAUCAGAGUGCAUUACCUCAGCAAGCUUCGAUGUUGACAUUGAAAACUUUGUUCACCAGCAAGAGCAGGAGCACAAACCCUUCUUCAGCGAUGAUCCAGAAAUAGACAGCUUGAUGGUUAAAGCCAUUCAGGUUCUGCGAAUCCAUCUGCUAGAACUGGAGAAAGUCAAUGAGCUUUGCAAAGACUUCUGCAACCGCUACAUAACCUGUCUUAAGACGAAGAUGCACAGUGACAACCUACUUCGCAAUGACCUAGGAGGCCCAUACUCCCCAACAGCUGUGACACAUACCCUUCCAGCACAGAGCUCUCCAUCCUCUCUGACGACGAUAACCAAUGCCGUCAACUCCCAGGGGAUUGUGGUACCGACCUCUGCACUACAACAAGGGAAUGCUGCCAUGCCAACACAGGUGGUAACAGGUGGAACAAUUUACCAGCCGGUAACUAUGGUAACCUCUCAGGGUCAAGUGGUGACCCAGGCCAUUCCGCAGGGUACAAUACAGAUCCAGAACACACAGGUGAACCUGGAGCUGACCUCUCUCCUACAGGAUGGGGAAGACAAGAAGUCAAAGAGCAAGCGUGGAGUCCUGCCCAAACAUGCCACAAACAUCAUGCGGUCCUGGCUCUUCCAGCAUCUUGUGCAUCCUUACCCGACAGAGGACGAGAAGAGACAGAUUGCUGGUCAAACAAACCUCACACUCUUACAGGUCAACAACUGGUUUAUCAAUGCCAGGCGGCGUAUCCUUCAGCCGAUGCUUGAUGCCAGUAACCCUGACCCAGCUCCUAAAGCUAAGAAAAUCAAAUCCCAGCACCGGCCAACUCAGCGUUUCUGGCCUGACUCAAUUGCAGCAGGUGUUCUACAACAGCAAGGAGGGAAUCCCAGCAACCCGGACAGCACAAUGACCACAGCCAUGGACAGUCUGCAGACGCUCUCCUCCGACACCGCCACCCUUGCCAUGCAGCAGGCCAUGAUGGCUGGCCACGCGGGCGACGACUCGCUGGACGGAACGGAUGAGGAGGAGGAGAUCGAAGAGGAAGAUGAGGAGGAGGACGACGACAAUGGGGAACUGCAGACGACCAAUGUAAAUGACCUGGGCCUGGACAAUAGUGACUCACUCGACUAACAGCACUGCGUGCACACAGAGGAGGCAAAGGAAGUAAAGUUUGACCAGUGUGCGGACUGUUUUUUUUUAAAAUUAAUUAAAGACUCUUCUCCAGGAACAGGUCACAAUGAUGUGACAGUCAUAAGAAUGAAGGCCCCUGUGUCUAAAAUCUAUUUUGUGAUUAAUUCUGUAUUAAUGAAUGUUAUUGUGAAUGUAUUCUUCAUUUUUUUUCGACAUUUGUUUUACAUUUGUAUUUUUUACUUGGCUGCUGUGGUCACUUCCACAGCCCCUCACUGCCCCAGCUUUACACUCGGACUGAAGCUUUUCUUAACACUGGGGAGGGAGGGUGCAGCGAAAUGCCAAGGAUAUUUCCCUCAUGCUCUCGCUCCCUCUUUCCCACUGAAAUAAAUAACGUUUGAAAAAAGGGUAGAAAUUGGUUGUUGCACUUUCACUUCUGCCCUGCUUCUCUCCAGUUUGAUAAAAAUGGCCCUGGCAGGUCUGUUCUCCAAGUGUUAGAACUUGCCCAAGGUUGCCAGCUUGGGCUGGAUGCAUUCCUGGAACCUUCAUCACAUGACUUGGGUCUCUGACAACUCUUCCCCCAUCAGACAGCCUUUUGAUGCCCAUCUUGUAUACUUUUAUAAAUA